AAGAGAAGAGAAGAAGAGAGAGGAAGAGAAGAGGAGAGGAUGAGAAGAGAAGAGAAGAGAAGAGAAGAGAAGAGAAGAGAAGAGAAGAGAAGAGAAGAGAAGAGAAGAGAAGAAGAGAGAGAAAGAGAAGAUAAGAGGAGGGGAGGAGAAGAGAGGAGAGAAGAGGAGAAGACAGGAGAGAAGAGAAGGUGAGAGGAGAAGAGAAGAGAAGAGAGGAGAAGAGAAGAGAAGAGAGGAAGAGAAGAGGAGAGGAGAGGAGAGGAGGGGAAGAGAGAAGAGGAAAAGACAGGAGAGAAGAGAAGAUGAGAGGAGGGGAGGAGAGAAGAGAAGAGAAGAGAAGAGAAGAGAAGAGAAGAGAAUAGAAUAGAAGAGAAGAGAAGAGAAGAGAAGAGAAGAGAAGAGGUGAGAAGAGUUGAAAAGAGAGGAAGAGAAGAGAAGAGAAGAGAAGAGAAGAGAAGAGAAGAGAAGAGAAGAGAAGAGAAGAGAAGAGAAGAGAAGAGAAGAGAAGAGACACUACAGCUGGAGAGAGAGAGAGAGAGAGAGAGAGAGAGAGAGAGAUGCAUGAUCCGGAGGAAAGGAGAGGAGAAGAGAAGAGAAGAGAAGAGAAGAGAAGAGAAGAGAAGAGAAGAGAGGAGAGGAGAGGAGAGGAGAGGA